GCCUUUUCCGCCGCUGACUCCGCCCAUUCCAAGAUGGCGCCGGCCAGGCGCGGCGGGCGGCGUUAGCGGGGCCGGGAGGGACCGGGGCGGUACCGGGGGGUCCCGGGCGGGACCGGCGGGACCGGAGCGCUCCCGUGGGGCCCUGAGCACCCCGAGGCCUCUGCGAGCGGCGAUGGCGGCGGCGGCGGGCGGCGGGGCCGGCGGGGGCCGGCGGGAGCCGCCCCACACGCUGCAGGGGCUGCUGGAGAUGGCGGUGGUGGCCGGGGAGGCGCAGCCCGAGCCCCGGCAGCCCAUGGCCGAGGAGAGGCAGCAAUGGCUCAGGGCUGCCCUGUCCCAGGCCAUAUCUGGUCCCGGUUCCGUACGGGCCGAGCUCCAGCGCUGUUUGAGGCUCCUGGCCGGGCCCUGUCCCGGGGAGGCGGCGCCCGAGCGGGGCCUGGGGGACACCGGGGGGCACGAGGGGGCCCUGGAGGAGCUCUGUGACCUCUGCGAGAGCCUGGACAGCGCCAAUGGGGGGCACGAGGGGGCCCUGGAGGAGCUGUGCGACCUCUGCGAGAGCCUGGACAAUGCCAACGAAUUCUGCUCCCUGGGGGGCCUGGAGGUUGUCCUGGAUCUCCUGGGUCACCGCUGGCCCCCGCUCCGUGCCGGGGCCGCUCGCCUGUUGGGCUCCUGUGCCCAGAACCUUCCGGAAGCGCAGGGACGGGCGCUGGCGCUGGGGGCGCUGCCGGCCCUGAUGGGGGCGCUCAGGGGAGACCCCGACCCCAGCGUGGCCCCCGCGGCGCUGUUUGCUGUCUCCUGCCUGGUGCGGGCCCAGCCCGAGGGGCUGCAGGAACUCGAGGCCCUGGGGGGGCUGGAGGUGCUGGGGGGGGCCCUGCAGAGCCCCCAGCCCCAAUUGAGGGCUCGCGCUGCUUUCCUGCUGCACUGCCUGCUCCGGGAGCACCCCCGCCUCAAAGGUCGGCCCAAAACCCCCCAAAUUCACCCCAAAAAAUGCCCCGGGACCCCCUUGGUACCAGCCUGGCAGGGACACCCCCAAAAACCCCAAAAUUCCCACAAAAAUCCCCCCAAAAUC